UUUUACUCAAGCAUCUACCAGAAUUAAAUCAGUCUAGCUAUUAUUAAUGUGUAUUCUCGGUGAGUUAACUAACAUUUAUGACAUUUGGCAGACAAUAGGACUUUUUAGGGAUACUUUUGUUGAUAUUAGGAACGCAUCGCUGUCGAUAAAAAAAAGGAUUUAAUAAAAACAAUAAUGGAAAAACCUGGCUGUAGAUGUUACAUGUACCGGUACACACAUAGUAGAUCUUUACAAAUACGGUUGGAUCAUAAAUAUAACACAAAACUAAAAUGAAAAACAUGUCAAUAACAUUGAUAUAACGCUUACUCUUCACAUAUACAGUGAAAUACUUAAAAACCGCAUGGAAUAGACUGGGCGCAGCCAUGUUGUUUACCCUAUCGACAGCUAUAGUUCGCGGUAAUUUGGUCAUCGUCCGGCGAAUCACCUGGACCCAUCAUUUUCAUGUGUAUUCAUACACUUACCUCCGAGCCUACGUUCGCAGACGGAGGCGAGGUGUUCCGAUUGAUCCUACAUGUAGGACAUCGGCUGCUUGUGCAUGUACACGAAGUGUCUGAUAAUGUUGUCAAUAUGGAACAGAGUUCAAUAUGCUGCUCCUCAGAAAAUCCAGGUACUUCCACUGCUGAUGCACAGCCUCAGGGUUGUGGUCCACUACCCCAGAACACCAAGAAUACAGACUUCAGACUUAUUCUGUUGCUAAAAUCUGCAAAAGGAGACGAAGGGGAGGAUCCUUAUCAAAAGUUGCUGACAGAAGCUGGUAUUAAGGCUGUCCUCUGCUCAGUGCUGAAUUUUGACUUCCUGAACCUUGACUUUUAUGGAACACAACUAUCAAGGCCAGAUGAGUUUUCAGCAAUUGUAUUCACCAGCCAGCAAGCUGUGAAAGCAACAAAAAUGGUGCUAGAAUCGGUGUCAGGUGAAGAAAUGCAGUCCUUCGAAAACUGGACCUGCUACGUCGUUGGACAGGCCACUGCCACUGAAGCCCAGCGUCUGGGUUUCCGGCCUCAAGGUGAGGAAAGUGGCAGUUCUGAUGCUCUGUCAGAAAUUAUACUCAAAGAUUUAAGUCACCACAACAGACCUAUUUUGUAUCCAUGUGGAAACUUAAAACGAGAUACCUUACCAAGAAAGAUGAAAGAAAAUGGUAUAGACCUACAGGAAGUUACAGUUUACCAAACUAUCCCACGGGUAGACAUGGAGACACAGAUCAGGGAUAUUGUAAGGAAAGAGGGUACCCCAAGUCACAUGGUGUUCUUCAGUCCGUCAGGAGUUGAAGCCAUUCUUCCUGUCCUGCACUCCUCUUGGUUUCCAAAAGACCAGAUAAAGUAUAUCUCCAUUGGACGUACUACUAGUCAAGCGAUGACGAAGCACCGGGUGCCAAUUACAGGAGUCUGUUCCAAGCCAGACCCUCAAUGUCUUCUUGAUGCAGUACUCAGAGAAAUAUAAUAGACUGGACAAGGGUUAAUUUAAAAUGUAAAUAUCGAUAUUUUGAGGAAUGCGAUUCGUCGUUAGAUGUACCAUUUCAUAUAUUUCUGCGCUAGUUAGUCGCUUCAAUCCAUGUGUAUUUUGAAUGUCAUUUAAUAUUUUCUUUUUUGAUAUUGCAAUUAAGGUAAUAUUAACCGUAGAUCUACGUGUUUUGCACGUGCAUGUACUCCAAUGUUAUCAAUAUAAUUGUUGUUUAGUUUUUUACUAUAAGUUUGUGUACGUUAGAUGUGACGAUGACCUGUUGUCCUCGUGUUACUGCAUGAAGUGUCUCUGUUCAAAGCUAUUAUGUACUUUAUUUUUAUUAAGGCUAAAUCACGGUAUUUAUUAAAAAAAAAUGAUACGAA